AUGGCGAAGAAGAGCUCGUUUGAGAAAGCGGUGAAGAACCUGACGGCUCUAGUGGCCUCUCAGUACCCCUCCUCAUCGCCGGACGAGCAGCAGAAGAUGAUCUCAGCUGUCCAUCGCGCAGCCACUCUGCUCAAGACCCGCUACACAACACGUGGCUUUUGGGCGGCGGGUCUCGUCCUUUUCCGCGCGGCCAGCACUGUGUUGGGGGAGGGAGCGGAGCGGAACCUAGUCCAGCAGCACAUCAAGUCCGCGCAGGAGUUCCUGGGGGAAGGCGGGGAUGGGGGUGAAGGCGGAGAAGAAGGUUUGCCACAGGGAGUAGGCGGGGAACGAGGGGACGGGGAAGGGGAGCAGGGAGCAGGGAGGCCAAGAGAAGUGAGAGGAGGUGGGGGAGGCAUGCUCGCUGCCGCGUCACCUUCCUUUCAGUUUGAGGGUCAACUGACAGCAGCAGCAGAGCCGCCACGGCCUGAUUGGCUGGUGGCUCAGACGCUGCUGGCAACUCUGGCAGCGGUGCAGCAGCAGAGGGACCUGGAUGCCGUUGCUGCUGAUAGCAAUAAUGACAGCAAUCCUGAGCGGGAAGACAGAGAUCCGCAAGAAGGUCAAACCCCUCAUCAAGCCAUUGCAGCGCUCCUGCAGGGCGGAACAACGUUGGAGGAUCUGCUACGGGAUGCGAUAGCAAGAGGGGGAGCUGACGACUUGCUGACCCCUGGCCUGGCCGAGGCUCUCGAAGCCAGCAUGCAGGCGUCUCAGCCGCCUAGCGCCCCGCCUGCCUCUAAGAGAGCAGUGAAGCAGCUGCCUGUGCUUGUGUACAGUGAGGCUGGCGUGGUGCCGUUGGCCGAGGUUGGGAGUACUGGCGUUAGUGGUAGUACUGGCAGCAGCAGCAGUGGAGGGAAGACUGAGAAGGGGGAGAGUGUUGGUUUGAGAGGGGAGGGGGUAGAUGGGGAGGGGAAGGGGGAGGAAGGGGAGGGGAGUGCGGACGAGUGCAGUGUGUGCAGGGAGAAGUGGGAGGUGGGUGACAAGCUGAGGGAGAUGCCAUGCAGCCAUCGGUUUCAUGUGGACUGCUUGCAGCCAUGGCUGGAUGAGCACAACUCGUGUCCUUUGUGUCGCUACGAGAUGCCAACAGACGACCAUGUUUACGAGAGGCGCAAGGAGCGAGAGAAGGAAGAGGAGGAAGAACGGAGAGGUGCUGAGAAUGCAGUGAAAGAGGGGCAAUACAUGUACAUGUAG